GCUUCAUGCUCUGCGGAGUCGAGCAUGUCGUCAGCAGCGGGCUACCGGUACUUUCUAACCCUAACCACGGUGGUUAUGUCAAAGUAAACGACUAAAAGCCUUUUUGGAAAUGUAGUGUAUUUCACCGGUGUUUCCGACCGCGGACACUGGAUAUACUAACGUUACAACCGGUUAUAACCGAACUUAACUUCCCCUGGAGUCAGAGCACCAGCCAAUAUCCUACACCUACAGGACUGUACCGCAGGUGUUCAGCGUCUGCAAAUGAUGGCCCGACUAGGACGAUUAAAAGAAAGGCCACUCGUGGCAGGAAGACCCUUAGAAAAAAGACAAGGGUCCCGGAAACUGAACACCCAAACACCUCUAAGGGUGAUGUCGGCGUGGGAGGAGUGAAGAGGACAAGAUUUGACCUUAACAAGCAUGACAUGGAGACGGCGUCCUGCUCAGCGGAUACUGAAAGCUGCAAUCCAUCUGUGAAUGAUGUGGGCAAGAGAGGUGUUAAGAGGAAGGCCGUCGCCGAUGGAGAAGGACCAAGCAGGAAAAUAAAAAGGAAAUCAGACCUGAAGGAGACCAAACUGGAUUUGUCCGUCGCUGCCCUAACAGCAAAAUUUAAGGCCAAAUACCUCGAGCAGGAUCAGCUGGGCGUGGGAGGAUGUGGAUCUGUGUUUGCCGGAUAUCGCAGAGCAGAUCAUUUACCUGUUGCCAUCAAACGCAUACCAAAGGACAGAAUCCUCUGCAAAGAAGUGGACCAGAAUGGGAAGCAGCUGUCCGCGGAGGUCGCCGUCAUGUUAAAACUUGCGGCUGGAACAAAUGGAUCAGUGGGGACGUCAGCAUCAGUGUCCCUACUGGACUGGUAUGAUUUGGACCAGGAGCUGAUCCUGGUGCUGGAGAGACCAGUUCCCUCCAAGGACCUACUCAAUUACAUCGAGGACAACGGAGGUUUCCUACAGGAGGAACAGACCAAGAUCAUACUGACACAGCUUGUUGAUGCAGCAAUUGAACUUGAGAACCACUGCAUCUUUCACCGAGACAUCAAGGUUGAAAAUAUACUAAUCGAGACCGGUUCAGAUGUCCCUCGCGUUCGCCUUAUCGACUUCGGACUGAGUUGCUUCACUAAGAAAGGAUCCCUUUACCGCAAUUUCUACGGUACCCCUUCUCACAUCCCUCCCGAGUGGUACAGUCAUUGUUCCUACAGGCCCGGCCCCACCACAGUGUGGCAGCUGGGAGUGGUCAUGUUUGAAACGCUCCAAGAAGUUCCAUUUGAGACCACCAAGUUCCUUGAAAACAAGUUGAGAAUCAGCAAACAGCUGUCCAAAAACUGCCAGGAUUUCUUGACAAUGUGUUUGACCGAAGAACCCCAACAGCGUCUUACCCUGGAGCAGCUCCAACUUCACCCAUGGCUCAGAUAAACCAGCAUUACACCCACACACACGCUUAAAGUCCAUAAAUCUAUCCAAUGCCAUACAUAAGUGUCAUCCAAGUACUAAUGCUGCUCUUUCUUUGACAGAAAGACAGAUUUGAGAAACUGCUGCUUGACAUAUUUAAUCGGACUUAUCUAAUUGAACUUGGAUAUUGGACUUUUUACAGUAAUUGGCCUUUGUUCAGAUCCUGUAGCACCCCCAGCCAUCCCAGGAGAGGUGAUCUCUCCUCGAAUUGCCUUUCCCGAGGUUUCUUCCCAUUUCUGCUAGCCUCAGGAUUUUGGGGAGUUUUUCCUUGUUUUCUUGGAGAGCUUGGGCUGGGUCAGGAGCUGCUGCUAAUACAGGCUGUGAGAGCCUAAUUAGCUAUUAUGUGAUAUAAUAGUCUAAAUCUGAGCCAUAAAAAUAAACUGCAAUUAAAAUCAAAACCAAAUGAAUUCACCUUUUCAUCAUGAAUUAAAAAAGAGUGACAUAAACAAAACAGAAAUGGUUAAGACACUUGAACAGGAAAACAUAAUACAUAGGGAUAACCUAAAUAAAAUCUUUUUAAGAGAUUAUGAGAAGCUCCAGAGCUGAGGGGCCCGGUCACCUGCGGGUCUGGAUUCAGGAGCGGCCCGAGGAGACCUGCCUCUGGGACAACGCGCUGUUAGUAUGUAGGGGAGCAGCAAUUCCCAUCAACUCUCAAAAUCAAUCAACUCUAAAACUGAAAAUAGAGGUAAUGUGAUCUUGUUUUUUGGAAUUCGUGAAAAGCCCGGCAGCUGCAUUUUGUACCAGGAAGAGUGAAAUGGUUUUGAGACUUAAAACCAGCGGUGGAGGAAGUAUUCAGAGCCUUUACUUAAGUAAAAGAAGGCUACUUCUAGGCUACUAAUACCACACAGUAAAAAUACUCUGUUACAGUAAAAGUCCUGCAUUAAAAACGUUCCCUCAGUUAAAGUCUGUAAGUA